AUGUAACCGUAGGCUAAUGUCAAGCCUUUUUAAUUAAUAAAUAAUAAUGAGGAGUAAUAGGAAUAGAACCUCUCUAGCCCACUAGUAAUAAAAGGACUCUAAAAAUAAAUUAAUGAGAAACCUUCUGUUCCAUUAAUCAUUGAGCUCAAACAUCAAGAAACAGGCAAUAAAAUCUCUCUACUUGCAUAAAGGAAAUCAGCGUUAAAAAAUCUUGCUCCCUUAGAGACUCAGCCUUCAUUAAUGUAAUAAACCACUAAUGUAGCCAGCUCCGACUUUAUUGAUAAUUUAAAAAUAAAUCCUUCGAAAUCCUAAAACACAAAUAGCAAUGGAAACUCACCUCAUAGCGGAGCACUCACUCCAGGAACAAGAAGAAAGUUGCUCUAAACUUAAUCAUAGGCUAUUAAUAAAAGAAGAGAAACCAUAAUGAAAUUUUAGUCAGAUGCCUUUGGAAAAAUUUCUGAUUAGGUGCCUAUGACUCCAAUGCUAAGGAGAAAUAAAAUGUCCUUCUUCGAGGUUGUUAAAAGUUUGAACCCAUUCAAGAAAGUAGUUGAAUAAAAAUUAGAAGAAAUAAAAGAGUAGAAGCCUAGCAGAUAAAGCCAGAUUUUGAGGGACUAGGAGUUGCAAGAAUAAAGGAAAAAAAGAGCUUAGUAACUUUGGAGAAAAGCCAAAUCAGUGCUUCGAGCAAUUAAUAUUUGGAAGCAGAUUCAAAAUGAUAUACAACUUUACGGAACUCAUAAUUAUGAGUUUAGAUAGAAAUUUUAAAUAACAUAAAAUGAAAAUUUGAUUACUAAAACUACAGCAGUGCUCAAGGAGAAUAAAGAAGGUCCAGCUAAAUCUAGAAUUAAGCCAUACUUUCAUCCUGAGUCUAGGUUUAAGAGAUUUUGGUCAUUUAUGAUGAUAUUAUUUUUACUUUAUUCAGGGACUCUGAUGCCCUUUAAAAUAUCAUUUCUUGAAUAUAAUCAUGGGGAUCCUUGGUGGAUAAUUGAUAUAAUUGCGGACUUUACUUUCUUACUUGAUGUAUUCGUGAAUUCAUUUAGCGCAUUUUAUGAUGAUGACGGCCGAUUAGUCACAAAUAAUAAAAGAAUAUUUAUGAUUUAUAUGAAAGGAUGGUUUUUUUGGGAUUUACUAGCAUGCUUUCCAGUAACUUUAUUAGAGAAUAGAUCAAAUAAGUUGAACAAUAAAGUAGCUACAAAUUUUAAUUAGAUUCUAAGAUUGUUUCGCUUGCCUAGACUAUACGUUUUAGUUAAGAUCACAAAGCUUUCAAAAGUGUUUGGCUAAUUCAAGAAAAAUACAAUGCUAGUAAAAUUUUCAGAAUUUGUUCAACUAAAUGCAGGCGUCUUGAGACUCUUAACUUUCGCUCUUGGUGGAUGCAUCUGCAUACAUGUAUCAGCUUGCUUUUGGUAUUUAACUUCUAAAAUAAAUGACUUUGAACCUGAUACAUGGCUAGUUAGAGCUAAUGCUAUAGAUGACUCAUACGAACGAAAGUAUCUAAUAUCAAUCUAUUGGUCUGUUUCGACGGUACUAACAGUUGGGUAUGGAGAUAUCCAUGCUGAAACAAAUUCCGAAAGAUUAAUAUCAGUUGCCUGGAUGAUGAUAGGAGUUAUCUUUUAUUCAUUCACUAUUGGUUUACUUACAGCUAUCCUUGGUAAGAUUGAUAGCAGAACUUCUCAAUUAAAAAGCAAAUUGGAGGUUAUUGAGGAAUUUUGUGUAGAGGCUGUCAUCAGUUUGGAGCUUAAGAGAAGAAUCAAAGAGGCACUUGAAUAUCAUUCUAAUAGAAAUGCCUUCUCUUACAUUGAGAACUAUUCAAUAUUAAAUGAACUACCUCCUAAUCUUAAAUGUGAGAUUGCAAUGCAAAUUCAUAAUGGUAAAAUAGGGUAACUUCCUUUUUUCCAAAAUAAGGAUUAAUCCUUCAUUGGUAAUAUCGUCCCCUUACUCUAGCCUCUUAGAGUUCUAGCUAAUGAUUAUAUCUAUAUGUUGGAUGAUCAUCCUUAUGAAAUUUACUUCAUUGUAGAGGGAAGAGUUGAUCUUAUCAUGGAGAUUGGCGAGUGUGUCUUCAAAUCCUGGCCCUCAGGGGCAUAUUUUGGAGAAAUUGAAAUCAUAUUCCAGAAAAAGAGAAUUUGUACUGCAAAAGCAUAAUAGCACUGUGACUUAUUCACCUUAAAUAAGAAAUACUAUCAAACAACAAUAUACAAUGAUUUUCCUGAGAUUGAAAAAUAACUUAGGGAGCUAGCCUUGUUAAGAGAAGCCAAGAUUAAAUAAACAUUGGAGAAGGCUAAAGUAGUUCUAGAAUCAAUAGGCAUUUAAGAUGCAUUGCUUUUGGCUCCAAGAUAAAAGCGAAAUUCAUUAACUUCAAUAAAUACUACCUCAAAAAAAAGAAGGGAUCAUUUUAAGAUGAACGCUAUGAAAAAAGUAGCAUAAUCAUUUGAUGAGGCUCACAAAAGUUUAACAAUGUCAGAACCAUCCAAAAAAAGUUGGAAGCAAGUCUAGAACUCAGAUAAAUAAGUAGAGGAGGAAAAAGAUGAUAAAGCAUCAUCAUCAAGUGGAGAAUAUAACAUUUGGGGAGAUAAAAAAGAGAGUUCAAGUGAAGAGAGUAAAAAAGAAAUAAAGAGCUAAAAAUCUCAUAAAUCUGAGAAAAGAAAAAGCGGGGGCAGUGUCAAGAGCAAGAGUAGCAAGAAAAAUGAGCAUUUUGAAAGAUUUAAUGACUUAUUUUAGAAACACAAGAAACAAGAGAAAAAGUUAAGGGCCAUUGGCACUUUAAAGAGCGUAGAGGAAAAAUCGUCUGAUUAUGAUUCCUCUCGUAAAAUGAAAAAAAGGAAUAGUAAGAGUAAGGAAGAGAGAGAUGAUCAAAGUAGUUUCCAAAGUGAUAGUGAUGUAUAAAGUAAUAGUUCAAGCAGUUCUAGCAGUAGUAGUAGCAGUGAGAGUAGUAACAGUGAGAGUAGUAACAGUAAGUCUUCAAAGAGCAAAAUUAGUAAAAAUUAAAAUUCUCGGAGGACUAACGAAGAAAAUAAAUAAUAGUAAUUUAGUGAAUAAAAAGGCAGAUAAUUAAUAGAACAUGAUAAAAUAGAAGAGGAUGAGUUUGAAUCUACCUCUAGUCUUAGAAGUGAUACUAGUGGGAGCUCAAUUUAGGAAAAAGACAAGUCACCAGAUAGUGAAAAUUAAUUUGAAAAUGAUUACAAUAACAAUGACUAAGAAAGACUCUAGGACGAAGUGGAUAAUGAUUCAAUUAAGACAUCUAAUUCAUUGAGGAGUGGAUUCCAAGGAUCAUUACCAUACAUAAAUAUAAUAGAAGAUAACAACUAAAUGGAAGAUAAUCAAUAAUAAGAACUAGCAUAUGAGAUGAACUAAUCAAAAUAAUACCUGAACCCUUAUCUGAACUUUAAUAACCUUGAAACUAUAAAUCUACCUACUACUGAAACAUAAUUCUUUUCAGGAAGCAUGUCCCCUCAUUUGAUAAAUGAAAAUUAAGAUGUUUAUUUCUUUAGCGGUGGGAGUACAAUUAAAAAGGAUGAUAAUGAAGAUUCUCAAUUGAUUGAAAAAUAAUCAGUUGAACUAAAUGAUUAGGUGGAAGAGCCAAAUUAAAAGAGAAAGUCACUUUAAGAGAUUUAAGAAGAGAAAUUCAAUCUUUAAGUCGAAAAAAUGAUGACUGAUGAAAAUGUCCAUUCCAGUCCAGAAAUUAAGAAUACCUCCAGAUCAAAUAUCAGCAGUUUUAAGUCUUCCACCUCAUCCUUAAACUCAAGCGACUUAGUAUUGAGGAAAAAAAUCAUAAGUCCAGCUAAUUAAAGGAAAUCUCCUUUUUCAAAAGUUUAGCCAAGUCCUGAUACUCCACUUUAGGUGCUAAAGCAGGAUAAAAUUCCAUUACAAUUAAGUCAAUCAACUCCAGUAUCAACUUCAAAAUUAGCUUUAAGCGACCUAAAAGUAGAUACCAAAGUCAUUAAGAUAUAGAUAAUACCUCCAAGAAGAAGCAAAAAAGAUGUUCUUGAAGACAUCUAAACCAGACAACUAAAAGAUAUGUCUAGUCAACUAAAAAGGAUAAAAGGGCAUUUUCAAGAAAAUCACAGUUAACAUGAUAACAUGGAAUUUAAGGUCUAGACAUUGCAAUAAACAAUGGAUUUAAUGGCUAAAAUGCUAAAAGAUAUUGGAGCAAAGUAAAGAUAAAAGUAAUUUUAGAGUUAGAGAGGUGAAGUAAAGAAAAAUUAAGAAAAAAAUAUUCAACCAUUUAAGACUAAUAAGCAGUUGUAUGACAAGAUUUCAAAGAGAAUAGUAAAUUAAGAUUUCUAAACAAGAUUUGCAACAAAUGUUUAAAGCAGUGAAAUUAGUUAGUUUUCCCUUACACUAGACAGUUUUCAUAAAUAAUAAAUUAAUCAUCUAGCUAUUAAAACAGACGGUUUAAUGGAUGACUCCUUAAAUCCAAUUUAAAUUGAAGAUACCUAAAGGAUCCUUCAAAGCACUACAGUUGAUGAUAGGAAAAAGGAAGGAGGAAUAGUCUUCUCUUAUAGUGAUGAUAUAGAGCUUCUCUAAAGAGAUUAUGCCGACGCAUAUGAAUCAGUAAAGAAUUACUCACUUCCAGAUCAAUGA